AGGAUGCACCGUAUUGCAGAGGAAAACGUAAACAAUACGUAGCGGAAAGUCGAUAUAAGCAAGGUGCGCACGAGUCCCGCGCAUUUCUUCACGCGUGCGCUCGGGGACAACAUGACGGCCUUUAUUUGCAUCACUGCAACUUUGCUCGCGGCUGUCUCAGCAGCGCCCCCCGGCCAGCCAAGAUUCUACCAAGGGCCUGGGAAUCCCAACUUUCAGCCCGGUCUGGAGCAGUCGUAUUACUUGGACAACGCGGAAGUGGCGAACUACUACAACCAGGCGCAACAGAAGCUAGGCCAAGUGAAUGCGAACGCGCCGGCUCGGCUGGAGAGCCUCGAGCCUGACAGCGAAGUGGAACUGGUUCCAGGAGUGCAGCAGCCGCAGCAGCCGCCUCAGCAGAACCCAGUAUCUCCCAACUUGCCGGGCUUGGUGCCUGGACAGCGUGUGUUCAUUGUGCAUAUGCCAGUCCCUGGAUACAGGCCUGGCACUGUUGGAGGGUACCAGCCCCUAUACAUUGUAGCUGCAGCACCUCAAGGGGGCAACGCUGGAGCAUAUGCAGCAAAUGGAUACCAAAAUGCCAUCCUACUCGACCCCUCCGGGCAAGCAGUGCUGUCUCCAGUGAACGGGUACUACAGACCUGGCUUGGGGCCUCAGCAGGCCAACCCUGGAUUACUUCUGGGAGCGCCUCUUGGCUUGCAGCGACCUUUCGACUUGGCGUAUCAAGAUCCUAACCUAGCAUACCAACAAGUUGGACCUCAAGGACCGGGACCAGAGGGUCAGCAGAUUCGCUUAGCUCCCGUUCCAUUCCGUCAACCUGCAGCAGUCGGUAACGCUGCUCCAAAUGCAAAUCAAUCAUCAGCACCGUCAGAGCAGAAGCGCGUUGGCCAAUCACCGGAGAGCAACGAACUGAAGGAAGAAACGAGGCGAAACGCGAGACCAGCGCCGACCCAAGCCUCGCGCAAACCUUAGACUGCUAGCAAAAUAUCUGCACAGUAGAUGUAGUGUGUUAACUCCUUUGCCAAUGUUGUAAGUCGAAAUCUUGUUUAAAGUACUCUACACGCUAGCCGAUCCUGAAGUUUAAAUAUUUAAUGUGACUUUCCCAUCCACAAACUUAAAAUCAAUAUAAAUACCAAUGUUAUAUUAAAUGAUUGAAGAAUAAGGUGAUUCAACGUGAGUUGUUGAUGACAUUUUAGAAAUUUGACAAAAACUGCUGAAGCGGAAAACCUAGAAAUCGACGUCUAUUUUUGAAAACUAAUAUUGAAACUUUUAAAGUCAAAGUUAAUAUUUAGGGAAAAUGACAUUAAACGAAUUUUAUCUACGUAUACAUAUUGAUGAAGUGUAGAUGAAAUUUAGACAAUGUGAUAAUUAUAGUAGUAAAUAUGUGAAGAUUCUGUGAUUUGGUCUGCCAAUAUUUUACUAACCAAACACAAGUUUAGAACGAAAAAGACUCCGCCCAUUUCGACAUUAUAAAAUGUAUAAAAUAGCAUCAAAUCAAAAUAAUUCGGCUGACUAUUUUUCACUUCAAUUGGAUUGAUUUUUUGAAGCGAAGAAGAUACAUCAAAGUGUAACUGAAUAAUUCCUAUGCAUUUUAUUGCAAAUCACUUAAUUUAAUAAGUAAUUGAACAAACUGGGUCAUCUUUUUGUAAUAUUAUUCAGAAAUCGAGGUAAUAAAAAGCUUUUAAACAGAGAUCAUCUUUGAUAGAAUCGUCGAUUAUGAUAGGAUAAUUAAUAUAUUAUCUUGUACCUGAUUGAACUUAUUGUAGAGCAUUGAACAAAAUAAAAAAAAUAUUAAUUCAUAAAUUGAAUUUGUUUUAUUUCUUUCCGCCAUUUCUAGAAACUAAUGUUGCAUUUCUAAUGUCCAAAAUGAUUUUGACACCAAUUAUGUUGGAUAUUAUGUUGGUGUGGGAUGCUACCUGCGUAGACACAUUGGCACCGUCCCACCUCCAACGGACUAAUGUAAAAGCGGGCGGAGCGGCGGAAAGCGCCGAAAUUUUAAAACGCAAUAAAUAUAAGAGCCUCGGUAGAGAGUAUCAUUUCGUUCCAUUUGGAGUUGAAACUCUAGGUCCAUGGGGUCCCAGCACGCAUAAGUUGUUUGCAGAAAUCGCGAAGCGUCUGGUUGACGUAACUGGUGACCGAAGAGCUGGCGGCUUUCUCGCACAACGUAUCAGCAUUGCGAUACAGCGGGGAAAUGCCGCCAGCAUCCUUGGUACAAUGCCUCAAGGGCCUAUUUUAGAUUUAAGCUAGUUAUUAAUUUCGUUUACGUAGUACCACUGUAUAUAUCUUGUAUGUAAAUAAAUGACAUAAUAUUUGACAGAUA